CUGUGUGACGUUACAAAGGAAACACUGUCACAGUAACUAUGACAAUAUUCAUUUGUGUCAUUAUCAACAUCUUAAACUUCGACCUGGGUCACACAGUGUCCGCUGCAUCUCACAGUGUCAGCUUGUUGAAAAAUGGAUUGUUGGUGGGGCUGCUACUAGUAACAGUCACGGUCUGAGAAGCUGUAACUCUAUCGCUGUUGAACAAACAGCAGACGGCAAAGUGCAUACACACAGUACUGGGAAAACAAUGACCGUAGGAAAAAAUAUUUCCAAAGUUAGUGACAUAUCCCGCGAUGAUGCGUCAUGCAGGACAGAGGAGAGGCAUCUACAGGGCAAUGAGAAAGGGGACCAGUGUGACAGAGGCAGAUGGUGGAUGGGUACUUUGAAAGAUACGCCCAUCCCUGGGAGUUACCACAUCCGGGACUUCAUUGAGGAGGCUGGCCUGAAUCCGGUCCGUAGGACGUAUGGCUUUAAGGGUACGGGGAGAGACACCAAGAUGCAGAUGCGUAAGGGGGACUUGCUGCUGCCGGGAGCCUAUUGCUUCACUGACUCCACCCAGGAGGCCCUCAAAUGCCAGGCCUCCUACUCCUUUAAGAGCUGCACCCGCCCAAAAAACUACACUCUGGGUAUCCGCGACAAGGAAAUAGACCUUUCACCAUGCCACUACAAUGUGACCCAGAAACCAGUGCCCAAGAUACCCUGCAAACACGUGAUGUUUCGUUCGGCAGUGCAGCGUGCCAGCUUUCUGCCUAGAGAGGGCCCUGCUCCUGGACAUUACAAUAUGAGGACGGGCCCGACCAAAGGAGUCACGUCCUGUUUCAGAUCCACUGUGCCCCGUCUUCACAGUGUACGCUCGAGGACUCCAGGACCGGGGACCUAUGAGCCGUCCUGGCAGAUGGGUCACCGUCUGGGGACGGAGGCCAACAUGGGCAGGGCCCACGGUCUCUUCUUCCGCAAUGUCUUCUAGAUCGUCCAACAAGUGUCAUCCAGCCAUCCCUUUUUAUGACUCCCUAGUUCCCCCACUUCUACUGUCUGAUAGAAUGCACGUGACACUGGGUGAUCAUGUAGUUUAUUUUCCCUCUGAGUAAAGAACCCUGAUUUCGUUGUCAAAUGCACUUGACUACAUUUACCCACAAACGCAUCUCUUAUUAUUACCAGACACAUAGGCCUACCAUUAUCAAAUGCAUUUGUUUUGCCUUAGUCAAUUUUAGAGACACUAACCAGGGAAACGAAACAAUAUUCAUCUGCAUUGCAACCCUGGUUGCCUGAGGGCUGGAUUCAAUCCGUAGAAGAUCGGCGUUAGAGCGGGAUUGAAAUUUAAAGCCAGUGUUUUCACAUAGACUGUAUUCAUGUUAAAAGAUGCAUAUCUCGGCUCUAUCGAACAUUUCCUAAAAAUGUCCGAUCUUCGGCACUACGGAUUGAAUCCAGCCCUUUGUACUUCUGCCUACCCCAGUUUCUCUCCCUCUCUCUCUGCUGGCAGCCUGUCUGGCAGGCUGUUGUGCCUCCACACUAUCUGCUGUGCUAUGCACUCGUGAGUGAGGGGGGAAAUGCAGUUCAGUCAUCCAUCACAUGCACAUAGCUGGCAUGCUGCACAUUCAACAUUAGCGGAGCAGCCAGUGUCACACCACGAAAGGGCUAUUCUUAUCACUACCUAUCCUUACUGUCAAUGAAAAAAACUCACACGGGAUCAUGUUGGACUCAGGUUACACUGACAUAGACCAUAGCCUUGAUAGGAAUCAGGCCUGUGGAAGGUAGGCCAAGUAGUUGUUUUUAAAAAAACAUUUAUUUUUUUUACAAUAGAUCGUUUCGGUCCUGGAUGCUCUGAUAGUCUGAAACCACAAGAGAAAAUACUCUUCUCUCUGUGCAGCUAUGAGAUACAAAAAAAAAAACGAAACAGGGAGUACUUGUUCUUGACGUCUUUUGAGACAUGACUAUGUAUCUCACUCGUUCCAUUGCCCUGUAUAGAUGUCAGUUCAAAAUGUCUGCAUUCUCGCAAUAUUCCCAAACAUAUCCACAAUGUCAUUAUCUUAGCACAUCAGUUUAAACAUUCCAACACUUCGCGUCCUUGUCUUCAGCUAGCGACACAUACGAGCGGCUCAAGUGUUUCAAGAGCAGGGCUCUUAUUGACUUUGUCAUUAUGUAGGGGACUAAGGAGAACACUUUGAGGCUGACAGAAAGACAUCCCUAUUAACAUGGGCUAUAAGCCUGGUCCUGUAAGUGGGUAAAUCCCUUUGGAUUUAAACAAAACUGUUGUUACAUGUUUGCCAAUGAAAGAAGUGCUCAGAAAGUUACUUUUUUGGACAUGAAUGCCAAAACAUUGAGGAAAUAAAAGGUGCUCAAAAUUGACCCAUUUUGCAAUCCCCACCAUACCAUGAGACAUCCAUGUCUUCAUCACUGGAAAAUAUAAACAGUUGAGUUUGAUAUAAUUUAAAACCUUACAAACAUUUCUGGUGGAUGCAUCAUCGCUGUAGGCUGUGGUCAGGUGAACACUAUAGCCAGCAACUGGUAGCCUAGUGGUUAGAGAAGCGAGCCAGAGGGUUGCUGGCAUCGUCCUAGUUACCAUCACCCUUGUACAAGGCCCCAAACCCCCAUAUUGAGGACUUAGCACGACCCCUCUUUUAGGUCCUGAGUCAAUGAAAGACAUUGGUUAGGCUGACCACAAUGCCUAGCGCCAUUUAUACCUGGUUCUAACAUGUGUCCUGAUCUUGUCCACAUUCCCAUUGUGCCCACAUUUUCAAACAUGUGUCACUUACAUCAUCCAUCUGCUGUGUCUGCAUUGUGACCAGAUUUCCUGGUCCUUCCCUGAAUACACAUUAUUUUACAGAUAUUCUUUCAAAAUAAGAUUGAUCCGGGUCAACAGCAUCAAUGUAACAGUAUAACUUUAAACCGUCCCCUCGCCCCGACCCGGGCGCGAAACAAGGACCUUCUGCACACAUCAACAACAGUCACCCACGAAGCGUCGUUACCCAUCGCUCCGCAAAAGCCGCGGCCCUUGCAGAGCAAGGGGAAACACUACUUCUAGGUUUCAGAGCAAGUGACGUAACUGAUUGAAACGCUAUUAGCGCGUACCCGCUAACUAGCUAGCCAUUUCACAUCCGUUACACAGGCAACCCAAACAUGACCUGAUUUCUGGAAUAGCUAAAUGAAUUCAGGAUAAUAUUGGGGUGACAUGAUACUGGAUGUUUUUAAAAUCCUCCAAUCCUUAUAAUUGGCAGCUUUGAACAGGAAGUGACCCGACAUCAAACCGAGCAGUUCAAAGAAAUUGCCAUACUAUUUGUGUUUUCCAAUGUUUGAGGUAAGGACGUCUGUCCUGAAUUGGCUCAUACUGUCUCUGGAGAUACAACAACACAUCACUCUAAAGAUUGAUGAACCCACGACGCCAAACGAGCGAAAACAGCCUUUGUUUACAAUGCAAUGAACCAAGAUGGCCACCCCCACACAAUCUACUGCUGCUUCCUCCCUUCCUUGUAUUACAUGACCACCGUGAAAAACUCCAGCCCUCUCACGUAGCCCAAUGGUAAGACAUGAAGACAGAGCUGUCAUGGAGUAUUGUUCACUUAUGUCCUCUCCGGCAGGGUCACAUCCAUUCCCAUCGCCACCACGGUGUUGACGGCUGGCUAAAGAAUUCAGAAGGCAGCAUGACACCAAGGCAGAUGACCAGGUAUCUCUUUACCAUGUAAUUGACAGGUGCGAUAGGCCGGACAUUACAGCUCUAUUAAAUGACAUAUUAAAGUUUAAUAAGGUUGAAUAGGCUGCUGUUAGUGAAACAAGGGGUCAUUGUUUAUCCCGUAAUGACGCUGGCAUGAUGUUGUGCACAUGGACACGGACCAAGGCUGUUUGAGGGCGAUCAGGUGAGUCGGAUUGGUGAAAUAGAACCCGGGGGGCAAGGUUGGUGAUAGCUCUGCUGCUGUACCUCAUUUACACUAACUGGCUAACCUCAAAACAUUAUCAAGGAGAAUACGUUUCAAUUGGAUACCUGCUGCUUCAAUGGCUGCUGCCUCGUGUGUCAACAUCGUUGAAUGUAUUGUUUGAUUGCCGGUUCCUUUACUGAUUGUUAAAGAGAUAUGACCAUGUAGGUUUAUGUGAAAACCCACACCAAUGACCUAACAUAAUUGCCCUCCAGGCCUGAAGUUCAGAUUGCCACACAUUACCUAUUGUUAGCAUCCACUCUAUUAAAGGUCCAAUGCAGCCAUUUUUAUCCCAAUAUCAAAUCCUUUCUGGGUAACAAUUAAGUACCUUACUGUGAUUGUUUUAAAUUAAAAUGGUCAAAAAGAAGAGACAAAAUGCUUCUUGGCAAAGAACACUUUCUCAAUCAAUAAUUUUGCUAGGACUGUCUGGAGUAGGGAGGGGAAAACUGAAAAAUAUCUGUUAUUGGUCUAUUAACAAAUGUACAACAUGAUGAUGUCACCAGGCAGGCCAAAACUACAUCUCACCACAACAGGCUGAAAUUUCAGGCAGUCAUUUCAAAUAGCUCUUGCACUACAAGGGCAUAUUUUUGUUCAACCUCAUAGUGUGGAAAUAUAUAUACACUACCGUUCAAAAGUUUGGGGUCACUUAGAAAUUUGAAAGAAAAGCAAAUGUUUUGUCUACACUAUAUUUCUGAUCAAUUUGAUGUUAUUUUAAUGGUCAGAAAAUGUGCUUUUCUUUCAAAAACAAGGACAUUUCUAAGUGACCCCAAACUUUUAAAUGGUAGUGUAAAUAUACAGUACCAGUCAAAAGUUUGGACACAUCUACUCAUUCAAGGGUUUUUCUUUAUUUUGACUAUUUUCUACAUUGUAGAAUAAUAGUGAAGACAUCAAAACUAUGAAAUAACACAUAUGGAAGUAUGCAGUAACCAAAAAAGUGUUAAAUAUUUUAUCUUUGGAUUAUUGAAGUAAUGAUGUAAUGAUGGACUGUCAUUUCUCUUUGCCUAUUUGAGCUGUUCUUGCCAUAAUAUGGACUUGGUCUUUUACCAAAUAUGGCUAUGUUCUGUAUACCAAACCUACCUUGUCACAACACAACUGAUUGGCUCAGAUGCAAUAAGAAGGAAAGAAAUUCUACAACUUAAAUUUUAACAUACAGUUGAAGUCAGAAGUUUACAUACACCUUAGCCAAAAACAUUUCAACUCAGUUUUUCACAAUUCCUGACAUUUAAUCCUAGUAAAAAAUCCCUGUCUUAGGUCAGUUAGGAUCACCACUUUAUUUUAAGAAUGUGAAAUGUCAGAAUAAUAAUAGAGAGAAUGAUUUAUUUCAGCUUUUAUUUCUUUCAUCACAUUCCCAGUGGGUCAGAAGUUUACAUACACUCAAUUAGUAUUUGGUAGCAUUGCCUUUAAAAUGUUUAACUUGGGUCAAACCAGACUUGCGGAGAACUACACAUUUUUUUCUGAGGUCUUUGCUGAUUUCUUUUGAUUUUCCCAUGAUGUCAAGCAAAGAGGCACUGAGUUUGAAGGUAGGCCUUGAAAUACAUCCACAGGUACACUUCCAAUUCACUCAUAUGAUGUCAAUUAGCCUAUCAGAAGCUUCUAAAGCCAUGACAACAUUUUCUGGAAUUUUCCAAGCUGUUUAAAGGCACAGUCAACUUAGUUUAUGUAAACUUCUGACCCACUGGAAUUGUGAUACAGUGAAUUAUAAGUGAAAUAAUCUGUCUGUAAACAAUUGUUGGAAAAAUUACUUGUGUCAUGCACAAAGUAGAUGUCCUAACAAACUUGACAAAACUAUAGUUUGUUAACAAGAAAUGUAUGGAGUGGUUGAAAAAUGAGUUUUAAUGACUCCAACCGAAGUGUAUGUAAACUUCCAACUUCAAAUGUAUAUACACUACCGGUCAAAAGUUUUAGAACACCUACUCAUUCAAGGGUUUUUCUUUAGUUUUACUAUUUUCUACAUUGUAGAAUAAUAAUGAAGACAUAAAAAAAAAAAAAAGGUUAAUUGAAAUGCAUUCCAGGUGACUACCUUAUGAAGCUGGUUGAGAGAAUGCCAAGAGUGUGCAAAGCUGGCAUCAAGGCAAUGGGUGGCUACUAUGAAGAAUCUCAAAUAUAAAAUAUAUUUGAUUUGUUUAACAGAUUUUUGGUUACUAC